AUGGACUCUCUUGUUGCAGCAAACACCAAAUUUUGCUUUGAUCUUUUGCAAGAGAUAAGCAAAGAUGAUCAUCAUAAAAACGUAUUUUUCUCUCCCCUGAGCCUCUCAGCUGCCCUUGGUAUGGUCCGCUUGGGGGCUAGAAAUGAGAGUGCACAUCAGAUUGAUGAGGUACUACACUUCAACGAAUUUUCCCAGGAUGAAAGCAAAGAACCUGACCCCUGUCUGAAAAGCAACAAACAAAAAGUGCUGGCUGACAGCUCUCUGGAGGGGCAGAAGAAAACGACAGAGCCUCUGGAUCAGCAGGCUGAGUCCUUAAACAAUGAGAGUGGGCUGGUCAGCUGCUACUUUGGGCAGCUUCUCUCCAAAUUAGACAGGAUCAAGACUGAUUACACACUGAGUAUUGCCAACAGGCUUUAUGGAGAGCAGGAAUUCCCAAUCUGUCAGGAAUACUUAGAUGGUGUGAUUCAGUUUUACCACACGACAAUUGAAAGUGUUGAUUUCAGAAAAAACACUGAAAAUGCCAGACAAGAGAUUAACUUCUGGGUUGAAUGUCAAUCUCAAGGUAAAAUCAAGGAACUCUUCAGCAAGGACACUAUUAAUGCUGAGACUGUGCUGGUCCUGGUGAAUGCUGUUUACUUCAAGGCCAAAUGGGAAAAUUAUUUUGAUCAUGAGAACACAGUGGAUGCACCUUUCUGUCUAAAUGAGAAUGAAAACAAGAGUGUGAAGAUGAUGACGCAAAAAGGCCUCUACAGAAUUGGCUUCAUAGAGGAGGUGAAGGCACAGAUCCUGGAAAUGAGGUACACCAAGGGGAAGCUCAGCAUGUUCGUCCUGCUGCCGUCUCACUCUAAAGAUAACCUGAAGGCUCUGGAAGAGCUUGAAGGGAAAAUCACCUAUGAAAACAUAGUGGCCUGGAGCAGCUCAGAAAACAUGUCAGAAGAAUCGGUGGUCCUGUCCUUCCCCCGGUUCACCCUGGAAGACAGCUAUGAUCUCAAUUCCAUUUUACAAGACAUGGGCAUUACAGAUAUCUUUGAUGAAACGAGGGCUGAUCUUACCGGAAUCUCUCCAAGUCCCAAUUUGCACUUGUCAAAAAUCAUCCACAAAACCUUUGUGGAGGUGGAUGAAAAUGGCACUCAGGCAGCUGCAGCCACUGGGGCUGUUGUCUCGGAAAGGUCACUACCAUCUUGGGUGGAGUUUAAUGCCAACCACCCUUUUCUCUUUUUCAUUAGACACAACAAAACCCAAACCAUUCUCUUUUAUGGCAGGGUCUGCUCUCCUUAA